CAAGAAGCAAAAAUAUAAGAGCAGUGUGACGUCAUCGUCUAAUACAAAAAUUAUAACUGAAAUCAAGGGCUUUUGUGCUUUUAACACUGCUUUUGUAAAAUCCCAGUUUCACUCAAACACACACACACAGAUAUACGGGCAGUGCCUUAAACCCCGCCCCCUGGGCUGUAUCCCGGCCGCAGGAGUGUGUCAACUUCUUCCGCGAUCGGGAGCCGAGAGGAGAAGUGCGCACUUCUGUCACACACACACCCCGAGUGGACACACACUCCAAACUUUCUGAUUUUGGACUUUAUUCCGUUCGAGUUGCAAUUGCAGUAAAUCAAGGAACCAGCGCGCGGUCACGAUGAGCGCGCACGGAACACCGUCCUCGCGCUUCCCCACCAUGUCGCGCGGACCGAGUAUGCGCGUGAGCGACCCGAUGUUCAUGUCCGGUAAUGGCUACCAGUCGGACCUGAGUGAGAACAUCGUCCAGCAGCAGCGCUACAGCACUUACAGUGGGAACACUUUAGGUGGAAACACUUUCGGUGUGAACACUUACACCAUGAAGAGCGGUAUGGGAAGCAUGAUGCCCUCACAGCAGAAUAGCCAGAUGGUAUAUAAUCGCUGCAUGAGUAACCUUGAGAAGGCCCAAAUGCUACUGGAACAAGGAGCACCUCGGAGUGAAUUUGAUCAGGCGAUGAUGAAGGCUGACGCAGAAAUAAAGCAGCUUCAUCAGCUUGCAGUGGAAGCGAAGAACUUCGGCCAAUCUCCAGACUUCAUCCUCAGAGGUCUGGAUGAAUGCAAAUUAUUUUUCACAGAUCUUGUAUCCAGUGCAGGAAGAGUUACAUCGCACCAGCACCGUGGCAACACGAGCAGAGAAGAAUACAGCAUCAGCCUAACUGACGCCUUCGGCUGGAUCAACCAACAGAAACGUCUGAUUGAGACAGCACCAUUUGGUGAUGAUGCUGAGACCAUUGAGAAGCAGAUCACAAACCACAGCAGGUUCCACAACUCCAUCCAGAGGAGUGGAGAAGUGCAGAGAGCCAGAGAUGAACUGGUGCAAUUAGGAGAUAAGGCGAAUAUCCAUUCUCUGGAUCAUGAAUGGGACACAUUACAGAAAAUGUCUCACACCCGGAUGAGUCAGCUACGGGAAAUGCAGAGCGUCAUCUCCGACAUCUCUCAGGCCAUCAUGUGGGUGAACGAGAGAGAGGAGGAGGAGCUGAUGUUCGACUGGGGUGACAAAAACAUCGACAUCUACAUCCCCAAGAAACAGGAGAGCUAUUCGCGGCUGAUGAGUGAACUGGAGGGAAAAGAGAAGGAGCUGAACAAGUUGAAAUCCAGAGUGGAUCAGCUGCUGAAGAGCAAUCACCCUGCAUCAGAUAAGAUAGAGGCCUACAUGGAGACACUGCAGACUCAGUGGAGCUGGAUGCUGCAGAUCACAAACUGCAUUGACAUCCACCUGAAGGAAAACGCUGCCUACAGCCAGUUCUUUAAGGAGGCAAAUGAGACGUACACCAAACUCCAGAAAGAUGACGAGAACCUUCGCAAGAAAUUCACUUGCAAUAAAUCUACGCCUCUGGAGUCUCUGACUGAACUGCUGAAAAACCUGGAGAAGGAGAAGGAGAGGCUGAUGGAGAAUAAGAGACAGGUACAGACCCUGGUGAACAAGUCGAAGAACAUUGUGUGUCUGAAACCUCGAAACCCAGAACAUAGGUCCAGCAACAGAGUGGUAGUAAAGGCACUGUGUGACUUUAAACAGGACCAGAAGGGUAUUCUGAAAGGGAACGAGGCAUUACUAAGUGAUAACUCUGAGCGCAGUAAAUGGCAGGUGAUCGGUCCUGGAGGAUUGCAGAUGUCCAUCCCCUCUGUGUGUCUCAUUGUCCCUCCACCAAACCCACUCUGUGUUGACCUGGCCAGCAAGAAUGAGAAGUAUUAUGAAGCCGUCAUGGGUAUCUGGAACCAACUGUUUAUCAACAUCAAGAGUCUGAUCUCCUGGCAGUACUGUCUGAAUGACAUCAAGAAGAUCAACUCGCUGACCAUCAGCAUGUUGUCUCAGAUGAAGCCUGAGGAGUACAGGCGCAUCAUCAAGAAUCUGGAGUAUAACUACGAGGAGUUUCGGCGUCUCAGUCAACAGUCCAACCUGUUCGAAGAUGCGGAUCAGAGGAAGAUGGCCACAGAUUAUGCCAAUGCACAGACACAUUAUGACACCAUCAUCACCAAGACACAGCCUCCCAUCAUUAAUGUGGUGGAGGUGGACACAUCCAAGAAGAAUACAUCCAAACAAACACAAAACUUGCUGACCCUCACACACACACUGCGGCGCAGGCUGGAGGCGGCCGAGGGAGGACUGAGCCAACACCUCCACGUCCCACUGAGGGACAACAGUGUACAAGAGUGUACACAGAGACUGCAGCUACUGCAGGGUGUCCACCAUGACCUGAGCUCCAUCCGUGAUGAGUAUCUGCAUCUGAGAGAGUUGGUGAUAAAGCAGGAAGCAAGCGCUGACCCAGAGCACGCCAAAUUCCUCCGGGCUGAACUGGACCUCAUCAACCAGAAACUGAGCAGUUUACAGAGUUACUCCAAGUCUUACCUGCAGAGACUUACUGCUCUGAGAGCUCUCCUGCAGAACAUCACACGUGCUGAAGACAUCAUUAAAGUUCAUGAAGCUCGACUAACAGAGAAAGAGACUAGCUCUCUGGACCAGGGAGAACUUCAGGACUACCGUAAAACACUCAAGAACAUGAAGGUGGACCUAGACCAGAAAAAGGAGGUUCUGGGUGCGAUGGAGGCGGACCUGGACCAGGCUUUCCACUGGAAUAGUCAAAUUGAUCAAAACUUCCACCAGUGUGACGUGGACCUGAGCAAGUUCUCGGAUCUGGUGAAGCAAAUGAACAGCCGCUGGAACCGCAUCAUCACCCAGAUCAACACCAGGCUGAAUGAUCUGGAGAAACAGGAGAAGCAGCUGAUUCAGUAUAAACAGAACAGUUCAAACAUCAACCAGUGGAUUGACCAAACAGCUCACCACCUGGACAAACUGCAGAGCUACAAACUGACCACAGUGCAGGACCUGAGUGACCAUCUGAACCAACACAAGACACUGCACUCUGAGAUCAAGGGGAAAAAGGACAAAGUGGAUGACAUGCAGAAGGACGCAAACACCUGUGCUUCCUCCAUAAAGGAUUAUGAGCUGGAACUGGCGUCCUACAGCGCUGGACUGGAGACGCUGCUGAACAUUCCCAUCAAGAGGACCAUGCUGCAGUCCCCAGCCACCGUCCUCAGCCAAGAGGCUGCAGAUGUUCAGUCUAGUUAUAUCGAGCUGCUGACUCGCUCCACAGAUUACUACAAGUUCCUCACUGAGAUGCAGAGGAACAUGGAGGAGCUAAAGAUACGAAACACUAGAAUUGACGUUCUGGAGGAAGAGCUGAGGCGUCUGAAGGAUGAACUGCAGGAUCGUGCACAGAAGAACAGAUCCCUGGAGGAAAUCUUGGCCCGUUUCAAACUGGAACUCUCCCAGUCUAAGGAACAGUUAAUUUCUAUGGAGGAAGUGAAGAGCACUGAGGCCUUGAGGUACCACGCAGCUAAGGAGAACCUGGACACCACUCAAAAUCAGCUGAAAGACCUAAAUGACCAGGUGUCACGGCUUACUCUGCUUAUUGAGGAGGAGAAACGUAAGCGAAGGCUAGCUGAGGAGCGUUACACCAGCCAACAACAGGAGUACGAAGUGGUCAUCCGCAAGAGACAGAAAGAGCUGGAUGAACUUAACUGGUCCAAGAUCGAAUUUGAGAAGGCCAUCAAGGACAAGGAGCGGGAGAUUGAACGUCUGAAGAUGCAGUUGGAGGACGAGGCCUCUCGGCGCCGGUCGGCGGAAUCUGAAACUGCUAAGGUAAGAAACCAGUUCAACCAGGAGCUCAGUACUCUAAAACAAACGUAUGAGUCCGAAAUCCACGUCACAAAAACCACCGUGCUGAAGGACAUGCAGCAAAAGGAGGAAGACACCGUUACCCUGAAGCUGCAGCUGGAGAGACUUGUGGAUGAGAAACGGAAUCUUGAAGAGGAGCUCAGGCGGCUUCAGUUGUCCAUCAGCCAAAUGGAAGAAGCCAGAAAGAGAGCCGAGCAGGAAGUGCACCAGGAAAGAUCCACAGGAACAGAGGAAACCAGAAGGCGAAAGGAACUUGAGAUACACAUUCAAACCAUCACACGACAGAGGACUGAAGUUGAGACGAGGUACAAAGAUGAAAUCGCACAGGCCAACAAUAGAAUGCAAGAAAAGGCCCGCCAGAUUUCAGUCCUCACUCAGAACCUGGAUGACGAGACUCGGAAGAGAAGAGCUCUGGAACAAGAGAACCAAAGACUUCGCCAGUCGGAGGCAGACUUGCUUGCCAAGCACUCGUCCUCUCUGGAACUCAUUAACAAGCUCAAAAUCACAGAGAAAGAGACUAACCUUAUUCGUGUAGAGCUGGAGAAGCAAGCAAGUGAAAAAGGAAAAGUGGAGCAGAGUGCUGCCAGGAUGCAGACUCGCAUUGUAGAUUUGCAGAAAAUGUUAGAAAACCUGGAGACUGAGCUGGAGAAAGAGAGAAAAGGCAACCAGGAUGAACUUACCAGGAGAAAGAGGAUAGAAGCUGAGCUGGAAAGGGUGAAUCAGUUGUGCAGAGAGUACACAAGUACCAUUAACACUCUCCGUGUCCAUAAGGAAGAGGAGAGUGCCACCAGCCGAAGACAUGAACAGGACCUCCGCCGUCUCCAGGAGGAGCUGGACAGAAGUCGGAAGGAGCACACGGUAACUUCUGAUAACCUCUCCAGGCUGACGGCCGAGCUGAAGGCCUUGCAGCAGCAGCUGAUUCAAGAGCAGGCCCGUGUCCGAGAGGUCAACCAACGCAACGAGAGUCUGUACAAGACCAUAGAAGAGAAGAGCCGAGCGCUAAAUGAAUGCACCUUGGAAAUUGAGAAGCUGAAGAGUCUUACUCAAAACCUCACCAAGGAAAGGCUGAGGUUAGAGGAGGAGCUGAGGAACGUACGCCAGGAACGGGAUGAUUUACGCAGCAACAAAAACAGCAACGAGAGUGAACAUAUGGCCCAAAUCUCAGCCAUACAACUCCAGCUUCAGAGCUCAAAUAAGCGAAGCCUAGAUCUCCAGGGCCACAUUAAUGAGCUGACAAAAGAGAGGGAAAAUUUAAAGGCGGAAAUAGCCAAAAUCCAAAAGCAAUACACGGAGACAUCACUGAUGAUCCACGAGUCUCAGACACACUACAAGGAGAUCCUACAAGAGAGGGAUAGUCUCCUGGCCAAGCUUAAAUUGCUGGAAAUGGACAAAGGGAAGCAGCAGCGUUCCGAAGAAGAGCUGAGCCGCAUCAAGCUGUCACUAGAAUCAGAGCUGCGUCAGAAGCAGCGCCUGCAGGAGGAAAUUGACAAAAUCCGUAAAGAUUUUAACUACUGGAAAAGCCAAUAUGAGAUAAAGGAAGGUCAGAUUAAACAGUGCCAGGCAGAUAAAGACAAGGCAGAGAGAGACAGGGCUUCACUGCACAGUGAGAUCACAAAACUGACUGCUGAGCUCAGAAGCGUGGAGGAACGCUACCGGAGUCGGAUACAGCGCUCCGAGUUUGAAGUAUCUGAACUCACCCGCAAGCGAGAGGCUCUGGAAAUGGAGCUGCGGAAGCUGCAACAACGUCCAGUUGGCUUCAAUAGGCAGACUCAGACAGAUGAGAACGUGGCCACAGUUGACCCAUCAAAGCUUGUUUUUGAUGGCAUUCGCAGAAAGGUCACAGCUCACCAGCUGUGUGACUGUGGGAUCAUCGAUAAAGCUACCCUUGAUAAGCUGCUGAAGGGCCAGAUCACAGUGUCAGAUGUUUCAGUGGGAAUUCAGUCCAGUCUUAAGGGUACAGGUGUUAUUGCAGGUGUUCAGAAAGAUUCCCAGGGCAGAAUGCCAAUCGCAGAAGCUAAAAGUAAGAACAUUCUGAGUUCACAUAGUGCCAUAAUGUUGCUGGAAGCUCAAGCUGCCACUGGCUACAUGAUUGAUCCAAAGUUUAAUGAGAAGAUGCCAGUAGACACGGCCUGCUCAAGAGGUAUUGUUGAUACUGAGGACAGGGACGUUCUCGUUACAGCUGAGGCUGCUUGCACGGGGUUCAAGGAUCCGUUCACAGGAAAACUCUUGUCCGUUGGACAGGCAUGCAAGAAAGGUCGACUUGACAAGGAGAAGGCCAUUCGAUUGCUCCAGGCUCAAGAAGCAGUGGGAGGUAUAAUUGACCCUGUGCUAAGCGUAUUUCUACCCAAAGAUGUUGCCUUAGACCGUGGCUUGAUUGAUGAAGAGCUUUAUCGUGCACUAAACAAAAAGCCAGCUUGUUAUAUCGAUCCAACAACUGCAGAGAAGAUCAGCUACGGUGAUUUGAGGAGGAAGUGUAUCACAGAACCUGCAAAUGGCCUUCUUCUGCUCUCUGUGACCGAAAACUCAGAUUUUGUUAAAGGAAUCCGUGGCAAUGUCUCACUUACUGAGCUUGUAAACUCCAGCCUUAUUACAGAGGGAGAUUUGGAGCAGGUGAAACGAGGCCUGCUCACAACUAAAGAUAUUGAAAAUAGGCUCAAGAUGUACUUAUCUGGCUCUGGCUGCAUUGCUGGCAUUUAUGAUGAGGCUCAGGAUAGAGUCCUGCCUUUCUACCAGGCCAUGAAAGAAAAUCUUCUCCGUCCAGGAACGACGUUGGAGCUUCUGGAAGCCCAGGCUGCCUCUGGCUUCAUGAUUGAUCCGGUCAAUAAUGUCUACCUGACAGUGGAGGAUGCAUGGAAGAGAGGCCUAGUGGGUAAAGAAUUUAAAGAUAAACUGCUAUCUGCUGAGAAGGCUGUGACUGGUUACCGCGAUCCCAGUACAGGGCAACUCAUCUCACUCUUUCAGGCUAUUGAGAAAGAGCUUAUUGAAAAGGGGCAUGGAAUUAGGCUUCUGGAGGCUCAGAUAGCCAGCGGUGGCAUCAUCGAUCCUAAAGAGAGCCAUCGCAUUGAUGUGGAAGUGGCUUACCGAAGAGGUUACUUUGACCGUGAGAUGAAUGAAAUUCUGACAUAUGAAGGUGAUGAUACAAAGGGCUUCUUUGACCCAAACACUCAUGAAAAUCUCACUUAUCUGCAGCUCCAGAAGAGAUGUAUCAAGGACCCCAGGACCAGUUUGCUUCUGCUGCCUCUGAAGGACAAAAACAAGCAGAAGCAGCAGUCAAGCCAAAAGAACACCCUUCGCAAGAGGAGAGUGGUGAUCGUAGACCCCGACACAGGCAAAGAGAUGUCUGUUCGUGAGGCUUAUCACAGAGAGCUGAUUGACUAUGACACUUUCCUGAAUCUUUCGGAACAAGAGUGCGAGUGGGAGGAGAUCACCAUCACAGAUUCAGCUGGCAAGACUCGACUCGUUAUUGUUGACCGUAAAACAGGUACACAGUAUGAUGUCCAGGACUCCCUAGACAAGGGCCUAAUUAAGAAAAGUGCCUUAGACCAGUACCGCUCAGGAACCCUCACGCUCACCCAGUUUGCUAAUCUCUUUUCAAGCAGAGGCACAGGUUCUGAGCUUUCCAUCUGCACCAGCAUUCCAGAAGAUGUUACGACCUGCAGUAGCCCCACUGAAGUUACACCAUCUUCUCCAACCGUCCGCAAACGCUUUGCUAGUGUUUCCAUCACUCUCUCCCCUCCUUCUGAUAUACUGGAUGACCAGAGCCCUGUGGCAGCCAUCUUUGACUCAGAAACCUUGGAGAAGAUCACAAUAAAUGAAGCUCUGCGUCGUGGAAUAGUCGAUACCAUCACGGCGCAGCGGCUCCUGGAGGCCCAGGCAUGCACUGGAGGUGUCAUAAACCCUGCCACUGGCAAGAGGCUCUCUCUGCAAGAUGCUGUACAUCAGAGCAUCAUUGAUGAGGAAAUGGCCAACAAGCUCAAACCAGCUCAGAAAGCUUACUUUGGAUAUGAGGACAUAAAGACCAAAAGGAGAAUGUCUGCUGCAGAGGCCAUUAAAGAGAAAUGGUUGCCAUACGAGGCUGGGCAGAGGUUCCUGGAAUUCCAGUACCUGACUGGAGGACUGCUGGAACCUGAAAGUGGUAAGAGAAUCAGCAUUGAAGAAGCCAUACGAAGAGGAUGGCUGGAUGGUAAAGGAGCCCAGAAGCUGCAGGACACAAGAAACUACUUGAAGAGCCUCACCUGCCCUAAAACUAAGCUGAAGAUUUCAUAUAAAGAGGCGAUGGACAACUGCAUGGUGGAAGAGAACAACGGAAUGAAGAUGCUCCAAGCCACAUCUAUGUCCACCAAGGGAAUCAGUAGCCCCUAUAAUAUCCCCUCUGGACCCAACUCCCGCUCUGGGUCUAGAGCCGGAUCCCGUGGAAGCUCCAGGAGCGGAUCCCGGCGAGGCAGCGUGGAUUACACCUCCUCUACUUACACUUACAGCUCUACCACUUCUUAUACUUCCUUCCCUUAACAUCUUCAAACAUGCGUCUGUAAGGGCUAAUCAUUUUUCCGUAUGCAACUACCACAUAUUCCACAUAUAAAUAUAUAUAUCAAACACUAUUAGAUUAAACUAGGGUUUGGGAAUAUUAUACAGGACUCUCAUGGAUUAUGGAUUAUCAGUUACCUAAUCAGCUUUCUUUGGGUUAUUAGAUUAUUAUUCUAUCAGAUUAUUAAACUUAUCAUUUUUAGGUGCUUGUUUAUCUGUCCUGCAUUUUUAAUCAGUAGAUUUUUACUUUGACUUUAUACAUUAAAAAAUUCACAUAAAAAAAUCACAUGUAUUGAAAUAUCCAGAAAAUGUUUUAUUUUCCUAGUUAUUUGGAACUUGAUUGAAGAGUUUUACAGAAUUAGAAUUUCUACAAUCAGAGAAAUUAAUUAGAGUAACUUUAUUAUCAGGGUAAAUGAGUAUAUCUUUUUAUAAAUAGAAUUUGAAGAAAGUCAAAACACUGUUUGUACUAACCAAAGAUGACCAAUGAUAAAUAAACGUACUUUCCACCUGUUUGGUGUAA